AGUACAGAUAAACUUCGAGGAAGCUAAGGUUUACCAUCAAUAUCGACUAGCUUUCUAUCAGGCAGUUGUGGGCGUACGAGGAACCAUCAGAAUGAUAAAGUCGACGGCCAUCAGUUUCAUUGAAUAAUCAGGACAAACCUCAAUCAGCAAGAUGUCGUCCACAAAUAUAAUGCAGUUAGUUUGUAUAUUUGCCGUGAGUGUCCUAGUUACCUGUGAUAAUACUAAGGGAAGCCUGUCUUCUCUCCAGCAACAGGUACAGACUCUGCAGGCAGCCUUCCAACGUCAGAACGAAUACUUCGAAAGCCGUAUACAAGAACUUGCAACUGAAAACCAGGAACUAAAGGAUCAAUGCAAAUUACAACCCAGGAUCCAACAGAAAAGAGUUCCAGGCUUUGGAGAAACAGAUAACGUUGGUUUCUCUGCGUCCCUGUCCACGUCCACUGCCCUGGGCGAUAACCAAAUCGUAGUGUUCGACACUAUUUUAACCAACGACGGAAAUGGCUACGACUCAAAAAGUGGUCACUUCACUGCUCCUUUGCCGGGUUUAUACGCCUUCUCCGUAACUGCCAUGUGUUCUGGAAGCGAGGCAGAACUUCAUGUUGCCAUCAUCAAAGACGGUCAGAGGAUAGCCAGUGUCUUCGCAAACGGUAACCAUUAUGAUAAUGGGAGCAAACUCGUGGUCGUACAGCUACAGGCCGGGCAGAUGGUUUGGGUAGAACAUUUUGCUGACCAGUCAGGAAACAAAAUAUUUGGUACUUCAUACAGCUCCUUUCUCCGGAUUCCUAAUCAACGCUUAUUAGAUAUCUUUGUAUCAUCUGUUUCUUGUGCGUUUUAUAUUUCGAUAAUUUUAAUCAGCCAUUCCAGAAUAAUGGUCCUGAAAAAUAGAUAGUGCGCAAUCUUGAAAGGGGAAAAUAAAGUUUGUUUGAAAGAU